AUGGCUAAGAUUCUUGCUAUUUUCGGUGCCACCGGCCAACAAGGCAGCUCCGUUCUGAACCAUGUGUUGAACGACCCAGAGCUUUUCCAACAGUACAAUAUCCGGGCCAUAACCCGCGAUGUCAACUCUGAGAAGGCGCAGCAAUUGAAAGCGAAAGGGAAUGUCGAGGUUGUUGAUGGUGACGUGGCCGACUCGGUCUCGCUAGAGGCAGCCUUGACCGGUGUGCAUACGGUCUUUGCCAUGACCACACCUGACCUUAGCGCCGACGCUUUCCAAGUCGAGCUAGCUAAUGCUAAGCGGAUCGCCGAUGUCGCUGUUCAGCAAAGUGUCAAUUAUCUUAUCUGGAGCACUCUCCCAGCAAUUCGCAAUAUCUCCAAGGGCAAAUACAGCGCGGUCAUUCCCUUCGAUGCCAAGGCCGCUGCCGAGGAAUAUAUUCGCACUCUUCCUAUCAAGAGUGCUUUUGUCUCACUCGGUUCGUUCAUGGAAAAUCUCCAGGCGCAAACUUUCUUGGCCCCCACACAGGCUCCCGAUGGUACCUAUGUGCUAGCCCGCCAUACCUCUCCCCAGACCCAGUUCCCCUUAUUGGAUGCUGUGGGUGACACGGGCAAGUUCGUGGGCGCUAUCCUUGCCGAACCUAAGAAGUACCAGGGAAAGCGACUCCACGCUGCCACAAAACUAUACACCGUGGAGAAGAUCACGACCCUCUUGUCCAAGAGUUCAGGCAAACCCAUCGUCUAUAAACAGGUCUCUACUGAGGAGUUCAAGGCAGGAUUGCCUUUCUUCCAGGAUGUUUUUGCCGAGGGAUUCAGCUUCAUGGAUGAGUACGGAUAUUUCGGCCCUGGCUCGGAGGCAUUGGUUGCAGAAGCUGCUGCAAGCGCCCGGGGCAAGCUCUCCACUUUCGAGGAGUACUUGGAAAGGCACCCCUUUCAGCUUGUAUAG